CCCAUAUUCCCCCAAACACACGGCCCAAACCAAUCACCGAAGAUGGCCACCACCGACCUCCGCACCCUUCUCACCUCGCUCCACAGCAGCCUGAGCGCCUCCGACCUCGAAAAGACCACCACCCUCCUCACACAAGCGAAGCGCACGCUCCUCCAGCAGAACGCUCUGAUCCCGACCCCGACCACGCCGCGGGACCUGCUCCCGCUGGCCCGCGAGAUCCUCGAACUCGGCGCCCUCGCCGCGAUCCGCCAGACCGACGCCCCCGGCUUCACGCGCUACUACCAACAGCUGCAGCCGUUCUACGAUCUGGAGCGCGACACCCCCUCAAACAGCAACAGCCAACGCAGCAAGAUCACAGGCCUGUACCUGCUGCUCCUGCUGAGCAUGGGCGAUAGCACGAGCUUCCACACGGUGCUGGAGGGCCUGGUCGAGGAGGCCAGUCUGCAGGGCCGGAGCGUCGAGGAUGAUCCCUUCAUCAAGUACCCCGUGGAGCUGGAGCGGAAUCUCAUGGAAGGGAGCUACGAUAAGGUGUGGCGCGAGACGAAUUCGGAGCGGGUGCCCGGGGAGGAUUUCGGGUUGUUUUCGAGUGUCCUCGUGGGUACGAUCCGCAGUGAAAUCGCCGAUUGCUCCGAGAAGGCGUACCCGUCAUUGCCAAUCUCCAACGCCAAGAACCUGCUCUUCAUGGACUCCGAGGGUGCGGUGAUCGAGUUCGCCCAGCAGCGGGGGUGGGUGCUGCGGGACGGCCGGAUCUAUUUCCCCGUCGAGCCGGAGGCGGCUGCUCGCUCGGAGAAGGAUAUCCUGGUGGCCAGUGGGACGAUCAUUGAGAAUGCGAUCGGGUAUGCGCGGGAGUUGGAGACGAUUGUUUAAGUCCGGCGUAUUUUUAAAGGGGUGGUGGUGUACUUAGACAAAGAUUUGGGGAUUGGGGGUUGUAUUGUCUGCAUCAUUAUAAUGAGAUAUCGAUUUGGUAUGCCAUUUUUUCAUUCUUUCUCUC